AACACUUGGGAUCAUUCUCAACAUUUAUUUGUCUUGAGGAAUGGCGUCUUUGCUGAGAAAACGACUGUAAAUAAAGAUAGGCCCACUCUCGGCUUGUCCAAGCGAGGCAAACCAAAGCGCAGUCAGUUAGCACACAUUAGCUUCACCUCAAACUGUUUACAUUUAAACUAGCGAGCCGCUGUAACACAAAUCAGAGAAGCGCGCACCUACCUGAUCUAAAUUAUCAUCACUAGCGCUGUCCUCUGAGUCAGAGUCAAUCACGACCCGACCUUUCCGCUUCUUUACAUUCACCAUGAUUAGCUGCGCGGCUAACCUCUGUGUCGUCUAGCUAAAUGUUUGAAGCUAGCCGUUGCUGCUAUCGAGCUAGUUGGCUCUGCAGUCAGCCACACAAAGGCAGCACUGAGCAUGCGCGCUCGUAUUGAUGCCAUAGUUAUAACUGGAUUUUACGGCUCUGUUGGUGAAAUAAAAUUCAAAUUAAUGCUUGUGCUUAUCACGCUUUAUUAAUAGAGAUUAAAUGAGGAAAAAUAUUAGGACAAACUGCGAGGACAAUGACAGUUAGCAAUGCAUGGAACUACAUAUUGGCAGUGAGUGUGUCAGUCCGGACAGGAAACUUUGGUGCACAGCUAAAUUCAAGGUCCACGAUAAAUCACACAUUUUACUGCUGUAGUUAAAACUGUUGUCCCGUUUAUUUCCCGUAAACAUUUAUUGGAUUUGUAAAUUACUUUAUUGAGCAGUUAUUAAAACGCUUCCAAUUGAUAACAGUGUUUUAGAGAGAAAAAAUGAUAGUCUAGUCUGCUAAAACAAGAACCGAAGUCACGGAAGUGUCCAUCUGUCACCUUUCGGACAUGAUCACACAGUGAACCCUCCACAUCACAACUGAAAUGUCCCUGCUGAAGAUCACACGUCUCCCCUCAGUGAGGCUGCUUAGCUCCAUCCACCAUCAGCUGCGGCUCACCUCCAUCACUCCUCUCACGGUGCCCAGGAGAGCUGCUAGUCGGAACGAAUACAGACGACCGGGCCAGCCCAAAGAAGACAAGUUCCCAUUGGCACCAGUUAACUUUAGCUUCCUAAAGGGUUUGGAGGGGAUAAAGAAGCAUUUCACACUGCUGAAGAAUGAGAUUUUUGAGCGCUUUAUUGGACCACAGGGCAGACCUCUUGAGGAGCACAUUUUGGAGCAGAUCCGUUUGGUAUGGGAGUUCAGAGGUCCAGAGAGCCUGGAGGAGUGGACGGUGUCCUCAGAUCGUGAGAUUGGGGGCCAAAGUGAAGUUCACCUGAAGCUUGGCAAAAACAACAACACUUGCUUGCUGUACGGGACUCUGAACUCUACUCCUCCAAGGGACGGAGAAACGCGCUACAGUGGCUACUGCACCAUGCGCUCAAAGCAACCACUGAUUUCAUUUGAUAGAAAAAAGCACCACGACUGGACCAGUUUCAACACCCUGCAUUUGCGAGUGCGUGGUGAUGGACGUCCAUGGAUGAUCAACAUUACAACAGAAAUGUAUUUCGCUCACAAUCAAGAUGACAUGUACCAUUAUUUCCUGUACACCAGGGGAGGACCCUACUGGCAGGAUGUCAAGAUACCUUUCUCCAAGUUCUUUCUCUCAUCUCGUGGGAGGGUACAAGACGGCCAGUAUGUAAUGUGGCUGGACAAGGUUAACACUAUUGGAUUUACCUUGGGAGAUAGAGCAGAUGGUCCGUUCCAGCUGGAGAUCGAUUAUAUUGGCGUGUGCAAAGAUUUCGCACACACUGAAGAGUUUGCCUACGAGAUGUACCCUAAUAAGCCUGACGAAAAAUGAAAGCAGCCGCUGCAAUACUGCAGAUGAACCGUGAUAUACUGAAACUGUCAAUAAAAAAAUGUAAAUCA